CAGCUCUGUGCUGCUUCCCCGUUUGUGUUGAUCAAUGCGGCGGUUUACUCCAGCCCUACUUUCCCCUGCUCUGGUUAAUAUUUCCAACGUUUCGGACAUUUAUGAGUGAUUGAUCGGCAUCAUGACGGCCAACAGCCGCUGUUCCUCCGCGGAGCCUCCGGGCCUGGAGACCCAGCGACGGGAGAUCGAGUCUCUGCUGCGGGAGUGUGAGCUCCGCGCUGGGGACAGUUGGUACGUGGUGGAGCGUCGCUGGUAUGAACAGUGGAAGGAGUUUGUGGAGACCGGGGACCAGAACUCUUCAUCCUUCCCGGGUCAAAUCGACAACACGGAGCUGUUUGAGGACCUGGACUCGUACCACCUGAAGGAGCGUCUGGUGGAGAAUGAGGACUUCAUGCUGGUCCCGGCUGAGGCCUGGCACAAGCUGCUGGCCUGGUACGGGAUGGUGGAUGCUCAGCCGCCACUCGAACGAAAGGUGGUGGACCUGCCCAGCACUCUGAAGGUGGAAGUGUACCCUGUUGAGAUUUUCCUCUGCCUCCAUAGCAACAUGGAAAACGUCAUCACUGCUCAGUUCAGCCGGGCCGACAACAUCCAGUCAAUCCAGAGGGCCAUGUGUGAGGCGUUCUCGGUUCCUUCGGGCUCCGAGUGUCGUCUGUGGAUGAAGAGUUCAGACAGCAGCUGUGAGCGUCUCAGAAACAUCCACAUGAGCGUGCUGGACGCCUGUUUGAGCUCUGGGAUGACGGUGAUUAUGGAGACGAGGAAUGCUGACGGCACCUGGCCGAGCUCCAGACCUCAGAUCAUGAGAAACUCGGUGGAGGAGCAGGACUCGUACCGAGGACAGCCGGGAGUCUGCGGCCUCACCAACCUAGGCAAUACCUGCUUCAUGAACUCUGCUCUACAGUGUCUGAGUAACACCCCUCCACUGACCGAGUACUUCCUGCAGAGCUCGUACCUUGACGAGCUGAACUUCACCAACCCUCUGGGUAUGAAGGGAGAGAUCGCUGAGGCAUACGCCGACGUCAUCAAACAGAUGUGGUCGGGGAGGCAUUACUCGGUGGUGCCGCGUGUCUUCAAGACGAAGGUUGGCCACUUUGCGUCUCAGUUUCUGGGCUACCAGCAACACGACAGCCAGGAGCUGCUGUCCUUCCUGUUGGACGGUCUGCACGAAGAUCUGAACCGAGUCAAAAACAAAGAAUACAUCGAGCUGAGGGAUGCUGAUGGACGGCCCGACCAGGAAGUAGCCGAGGAAGCAUGGCGUAACCAUCGGCGGAGGAACGACUCGGUAAUAGUAGACACAUUCCAUGGCCUCUUCAAGUCCACACUUGUCUGUCCCGAGUGCCACAAGAUCUCGGUAACCUUUGACCCAUUCUGCUACCUGAGCGUCCCGCUCCCAGUGAGCAAAGAGCGUGUCAUGGAGGUCUUCUUCGUGUCCCUGGACCCGUACGCCAAACCUGCACAGCAUCGAGUUGUCGUUCCUAAAGCAGGGAAAGUGUCUGAUCUUUGCUCCGCCCUCUCAGAGAUGACCAGCGUUCCCCCCUUACAGAUGGUGGUGGCUGAUGUGUUCAACCAUCGUUUCUAUAAGAUCUACAGCGCUGAUGAAUCUCUGAGCUGCAUCCUGGACCGGGACGACAUCUUUGUGUACGAGCUGAGUGCGCUGGACGAGCAGCAGGAAGAGGCGGUGCUUCUGGCUCUCUACCUGAGGGAGCGCUCUCACUACAGAGACUACGGCUCAGGCAGCAGCUCAUACGGCACCACGCUGUUCGGACACCCGCUGCUGCUCAACGUGCCGCGUAGCAGCUGCAGCCGGGAGGCGCUCUAUGCCCUAUUUCUGCAGAGGCUGGCACGCUAUGUACGACCUCCCGACCCCUCUGAGGAGCUAGAGGAAGAGGAGGAAGAUGAUGAUGAAGAAGAGCUGUACAAGACUCAGACCAACGGGAUCAGUGAUGAUGACGAGCAGGAUGACACAGAGAAAGCCAGACCCUUCCAGUCUGAUCUCUGCUGUGGUGAUUCAUCAUCAAACAACCAAUCAGACGACACCGCUGCAGCAAAGCCCCAACCCGAUCAGAACCACACCCAGAUCUCAUUGGACCACAGCGACGGGGACACCAACAACGGCUCGGAGAACCCGACUGAGCCGCUGUGCAGCGCAAACACCUCGGACACAACAGAGGACGUGAAUCCCUGCACAGACACAAGCGAGGCCGCAGACACCAGCUUAGAUCCACCUCUGCUUUCUAACACCACAGAAGAAGAACAGAAGGAAGAAGACAAGCAGGAGGAGGCGUGCUCACCCAGCACGACAGCCAAUGAGCAACCGGCAAAGAGAAGGGCGUGUCGCAAGAGGAGGAAGAGUCUGUUCACCAUCCAGGCAGUCAACUCCAACGGGACGACCGAGAGAGGGAUGGGAGAGGGAGGGAGCGCUGUGUCUUUUAGCUCUCAGCCGUACGUGGCCAUCGACUGGGACCCCGAGAUGAAGAAACGAUUCUACAAUGAAAAUGAAGCCGAGAAGUACGUCAAACAUGGCAGCAUGGAGGUCCCUCAGCAGCAGACCACGGUGCAGCUGCAGGAGUGCAUCGAGCUGUUCACCACCGUGGAGACACUGGAGGAGGAGAACCCAUGGUACUGUCCGGUGUGUAAGAAGCACCAGCUGGCCACUAAGAAGCUUGACCUCUGGUCUCUGCCUGAGGUUCUCAUCAUCCACCUGAAAAGGUUCUCCUACACAAAGUUCACCAGAGAGAAGCUCGACAGCAUCGUCGACUUCCCCCUCAGAGAGCUUGACUUCUCAGGCUGCCUCCUGAGGAAGAAUCUAGCCAAUGGGGAGCCUCCGAGCCGCUAUGACCUCAUCGCCGUGUCCAAUCACUACGGAGGACUCCGGGAUGGUCACUACACCAGCUACGCCUGCAACAAAGACAACGGUCAGUGGUAUUACUUCGAUGACAGCAAGGUGACCUACGCCAGAGAGGACCAGAUUGUGACCAAUGCUGCCUACGUCCUGUUCUACCAUCGACAAGACAAGAUCAGAAAACCCACGCUGCCCGCCCCCAACACAACCCCCGCCUCCUCCACCCAGCCCGCUAAUGACAUCACUUCCUGCAAAGAAGACGAUGCAGAGCUGGGUGCCGUCUCGUACGUCACCAUGGAAACGGACUGAAAGAAGCUUCAGGAUUGGCUAAAGGCAGUGGUGAUUAGCUGUUUAAUUUUUUUCUUCAUCAGACGGCCUUCUCUUUCUUUUUAAAUCACUUUUUAUGUUUUUAUUUUCAAACAGCACUUGAACGUCUUUCUUUUAUUUUCCUCCACACUUUCUGAAAUCUUCAGAUCUCAUGUUUGGCGUUUUGGCGUGAAGACGUUUGUUCUUUUCUGUAGAUGUGAACUCUCGACACUCAGGUAGUUUGAUGGUUUUUAGAUUUCAGACGGUAAAGUUAAAUCAGAUGUUUAAUGUCAAAUCAUAAAUAUGAAAUCCGGUUUGAUCCGGCUGCGACAGGGAAAGGACGUUAACUUUUUUAUCCUCCGUUUUUGCUUCAACCCUGACUUUUUUUUAAGUCUGAAUGCUGUGGAAAAAUUUUAGACCACAGGCAUUAAAUAUAGUGAACCAAACACUUCAAGAAAGGAUUUUUGCUUUUUAAAUCGAGUUAUUUAGAGUUUUUCCAUGAGCCUGAAAAUAGCUCUUAUCUCUCUGAAUAACUUGUUUUAAAACAAGAAAAAUCUUUUAGACAGUAUUUAAAUUCUUCCUUAUCAAUAAAGAUUAUUGAGGGGUUUUUUUUGUUUCCAGCAGCAUCCAAAUAUUUAUUUUUUUCUGUAUCAGUUUUUCUGAUAAAAACAGCUUUUUUUGUGCCGACUGAAUAAUGAGACGUUUACUGCAUAAAACUACAAUAGUUUAUUCAAAGUCCAGAUAAAACAUGAUUAGGUAUAAAUGAAGCCUGAUACUACAGCAAGUUUAGACAUGCAUAAAAAAUAUAAUAUAAGGUCAUGGUGAGCUUUAUCGUCCCACAUAGUGAGACAUUUGUCUUUGGCUCUUAUCCUCAGCAGAGUUGAAAAUUCACUGUCCUACACUCUCAACAUUAAACAAAAGAAAUUUAGUUUGGAUUAAUUUCAGAAAACUCUGAAAAGAUUUUUUAAAAAUUAGGCUCUUGAAGGACCAAGAAAUCAAAUAAGUGCCAGCCCUGCCUUAUUUGCCUUUUUCCAACUUGCCAAUGCCUUUAAAAAGAGAAAGAAAAAAAAAAUUUAAGGUACAAAAUUAAACAUUUAAUUGCAUUUCUGCAUGCAGCUCCAUCAAUACCGUUACACCUGUUUUAUAACUACAGGACAUUUGCUUUAGAUCGAUAUGUGAUCAGUAACCUGCAUUCAGCAGCAACAAAACGUACAUGCAGACAGCAGAAACUGGGGGGGCGCUGGUUCCUGCCUAAAGUGCAUGUUUAUUUAUUUAUCAGUUUUUUUGGGAGCGGUGUUGCAUUUAAUUACAGUGCAACUGAUGCAAAGUAUGCUAGACUUCUAGCUAUGGCCAAUUUGCAGUUCUUGUCCCUGAUUGGGUGUUUCAAAAUUUUCUUUUAAAUCAUGAUCUAGAAACAUAAUGUAUGAUGGGUUAUUUGUGCCUAAAGAGGAACCUUUAAAUAAAGAGGACCCAUUAAUUCCUGAUAAAUAAGGUUGAACAUUUUUAGACUUUGGGAUUAUAAAGUCUGGUUUUCCAAGAAACCAAACUCAGAAUUUCUAAGUUUAAAAAGUCAUUCAUGUAAUAAUUAUAAACUCAAAUGGUGCAAGUUUUUGUGAAUUUACAACAUUCAAACCCCAAAAUUAACGUGAAACCAAACUGAAACGGUUCGGAUAACUUCAGGUUAAAGACGUUUUGGUUCACAUAAAUGUAUGACUUUUUGAACUUGAAAAGUCUGACACGUUUUCAUGUAAAUAAACAGAUCCUUUUUAUUUUCUUGAGUGGCCUUAAUAAGUCGUCGUAAUUCUAAUAUUUUUUUGGUCUCUAAUAUUUCUAUUUGCUGAAAAUCCAUCUGCGAAACCAUCAAAAACAAUGGUAAACGCCAGCCGAUGGAAGCUCUGGUUUGAGGUAAACAGUAACAGGCAAUUUGUUGUUUUGAUUACUAAAAAGGCCAGGCAAACUCCUGCAUGAUGUUAGAUAAAGCAUUUUUGAUGUUUCUGUACGAGUCCAACGGCACUCAAACUCUUUUUUUUUUGACUCGUUAAGUAAUUACAACUUACAGAUGAAAGUCAGUUAUCUUAAGAUUCAUGAAUGAAGUCUAAAUAUCCUGAGUAAAACCUCAAAGUCGAGUCAUGAUGCCAAAUGUAUAAACACAAAUAUGAUUUGAUUCUAUUGGUGAGCCAGCCAGGGAGCACAGCGCUGUUCUGUGCUCUCUCCAGCUCCUCUACCGCUGAAAUGCAAUGUGAAUUAACAGAUGAGGACACUGAAAUCCCGCUGUCAUGGACAACCAAAAAAGUAUUUUAAAACUAGUUUUGUAAUUAACCACUACAUUUAUCCUUUUAUCAUAUUUUUAUAGUUAUUAAAGCAAUUUCAAGUAUUUUAUGCAGUAAAAGUCGGUUAUUUAGGUGGCUCAAACACACGUCAAUAGUAGAUGAUAAAUUAAACAUUCAGGACUGCAGCUCUACGAGGCACAUAGUGAAAAUAACCUCCAAACAAACCUCCGUUUGAACCGUUCUCUUCUUCAAUAUUAAACUGAUUUAAUAUCAGCUCAAUCAGUACCCUACAGUGUCUGCAGACAAAUCAACAAACUAUUAAUUGUACAUAAAGCAGAUUAUUUCUCUACAGACUUCAGUAGAAACCUGUUCAAUGGACCGAAACGCUGCGUGCUGGGGAUUAUGGGUAAUUUAAUUGUGAACAAAGCUGCCAGGAUGAGACGUUUUCUGUAUAUUUUUGGUCAUUUUAUUUAUUUUUGAAACGAGUAAUUUCAGCUGUCGUGUGACUACAGAUGUGUUUGUUUUUCUUGGAUAAUUUUGCUGAUCGUCUGCUGCGGGGCACAAGAAUCUUAUUUUUCAUAUUUAUAGAUCAAAUUUGUAUUCAGAAGUCAGAUUACUGGACAGGAAACGUUUUAAUUUUCUCCGGCGUGAGCAGAGAGACGUAGGCUCUCCACGCCAGCUCUGUGUACAGUAUUUUUCUAUUGUAAGAAAUGUAUUAUUAAUAUUAAUAUUUCCAUUCCUGGGAGGAGCAGGAGGGAAGCGUGGGCUGUUUCUUUCUUUGGUCUUCCCUGUCAAAUAUCAGAUGAAAAUAUUUUAUUGUACUUUCAAUCUUUUGAUAAGAAUAAAAAGAGAAUUAUUAACAUGA